ACACUCUAAUCUGUGUUCUUUAAUCUGUGACAUAAUAUAUUAAAAUAAAUUGUUUUAUUUAUUGCGAUCCGAAUUGAAUUUUGUUUUUAUUAACUUUUUCUUAUAAAUGUCUGCUUUAUCUUCUCUUUGUGAAUACGAAUCAAAUUCCGAAGAAAGUGAUUGUGAUACAAAACCACCAAAAUAUAAAAAAUUACGUUUACCAGAUUUAAGUGCUAUACCAGUUUUUUCUACUGAGAAAUAUGUUGAUAACUGUGAAUUACACUCGGGACGAAUUCGUUCUUUCCCUCAUGUGAGGGGGAAUUGGGCUAGUUUUGUUUAUAUUCAGUAUACAGGUGAGGAGAAUUUCUUAAAUUUGAUAAACAAAUUACAAACACAGCUGUCUGAUAUAGAUGAACCAUGUUUUAAGUGUGAUGAUUUUCAUAUAAGUUUAUCAAAAACUAUUGUACUUCAAUAUCAUUUGAUUACAUCAUUCACUAGUUCUUUACAGACAAUACUAUCUAAUACUGGAAGCUUUAAAUUGCUUUUUGACACUGUUAAAAUUUACUGCAAUGAAGAAAAUACCAGGACAUUUAUUGCAUUAGAAGUUGAUCACUCCAGUAAUAAAUAUUUGUUGAAUAUUACAGAUAAAAUUGAUAAUAUAUUAAAAGAAUAUAAAUUGCCAACAUUCUAUGAGAAUCCUUCAUUUCACAUGAGCAUAUUAUGGAUAAACGGAAAUAAGAAAACUAAACUCACAAAUAUUUUAGACAAAUUAAAUAAUAUUUUACUGCAUAAAAAUCUUGGACCUAUAUGUAUAAGUAAAGUGAACUGUAAAAUUGGAAACAAAUAUUUUCAAUAUUCUUUGAUUUAA